ACAGUGCUUGGAUACCUAUUUACCCGUCAAGUGCCUGGGUAAUAAUUGAUAGAUUUCCUGAGAGGACAAAAAAGGGCCCAGAUGGGGCCAGGUGGGUUAUACCACAGUUGGAAACAGCUCACAGUGAGUCAUCUACAGUGGACAUCAGCUGCUCCAGGUGCAGGACUGCACACAUGGGAUAGAUUUAGCAAACUUCCAUAUCCCGGUGACAAAGCCUUCCUCUACGAUACUUUCCCUGACAAGUUUAUGUGGGCUGUCGGCACCGCUGCCUAUUCAAUUGAAGGAGCCUGGGAGAAAGACGGGAAGGGUAAGUCUAUCUGGGACACGUUCACUCGCGGAGGGACGCGGGUGUCCAGAGGCGACGUGGGUAGUGACAGUUAUCACAACAUCAAGGGAGACCUCCGAGCCCUGCAGCAACUUGGAGUCAGUCACUAUCGCUUUUCUCUGUCCUGGUCACGCAUUUUUUCUAACGGCACUAAAGAAAGUUACAAUGAAAAAGGUGUGGAGUAUUAUAAAAGUCUAAUUCGAGGACUGAAGGAAAUUAAAGUGCAGCCCGUUGUGACUUUAUAUCAUUGGGACCUGCCAGAGAGUUUGCAGAGCUUAUUUGGAGGCUGGAGCAAUUCGGUUAUGGUGGAGCUAUUCAGAGAAUAUGCAGAUUUUUGUUUUAGAACAUUUGGAACGGAUGUGAAAUUGUGGAUUACCAUUGACAAUCCUUUUGUUGUGGCCUGGCAUGGAUAUGGAACUGGAGUUGUGGCACCUGGUAUCAAAAAUGACUCCGACUUGCCUUUCAGAGUUGGGCAUAAUCUUCUGAAGGCUCAUGCAGCAGCCUGGCACUUAUAUGACGACCGGUAUCGUUCCAGUCAGGGUGGGCGAGUGUCCAUGGCUCUGGCAUCCCACUGGAUCAAACCUAGUAGAACCAGGCAGGAGAACAGCAAAGCCUGUCAGUGUUCUCUGGACUUCGUGCUCGGCUGGUUCGCCCGUCCGCUGUUUGUGGAUGGAGACUAUCCACCCUGCAUGAAACGCAAUUUGACCCACAGACUGCCAUCCUUCACGGAAUCUGAGAGCUUGUACGUUAAUGGAACGGCGGACUUCUUUGCCCUGUCUCACGGACCCGCCCUUAGCUUUCAGCUGAUUAAUGACAGUCUGCGUUUUGGCCAGACAGAAGACCUGGGUCUAAGGAUGCUGCUGUACUGGGUCCGUGCCGAGUACAACAAUCCUCCCAUCUUUGUGGUGGAGAGCGGCUGGUAUGGAAGUGGCAACACGAAAACAAAGGAUGCUAAACAUAUGUACUACCUGAAGCGCUUUAUUAUGGAGACUCUAAAAGCAAUCCGCUUUGACAGAGUAAAUGUGAUUGGCUACACAGCCUGGUCUCUGCUGGACGGGUAUGAGUGGUACCGUGAAUAUGGAAUACGACGAGGACUAUUUUAUGUAGAUUUCAACACUCCUGAUCUAAAGAGAGAGCCAAAGACAUCUGCCACUUUCUAUAGCAAACUUAUAGAAAAGAAUGGCUUCCCUCAACUGCCCGAGAACCGGCCUGCACAGGGCGUCUUUCCAUGUGACUUUGCCUGGGGAGUUGCAGCCAAUUCAAUACAGGUUGAUACUAUACCUACCCAGUUUGCUGACCCCAGUGUUUAUGUCUGGAACGUUUCUGGUAACGGAGAGCUCAAAAAGGUCUCAGGUGUACAGGUGCCCCCUAUGCGCAGAACACACCACUGCGCCGAUUACGGCAUCAUCCUCCAGCAAGUGUCUGACGUGCACCGUAUGCAAGUCUCACACUUCCACUUCUCCCUCAACUGGUCCUCUAUCACCCCAACAGGCCGGGUGUCUGAUGCUAACGAAACACUUCUAAGAUACUACCAUUGCUUUGUCAGUGAGCUACAAAAGGUUAACGUAACCCCUGUAGUGACCCUUUGGCACCACACAGGGAAACUAUCCAGCUUGCCGGCACCCAUUGAGGCCGAUGGGGGCUGGCAGAGCGAGGAGACAGUCCAAGCUUUUGCAGAUUACGCCAGGUUGUGUUUUCAGUGGCUAGGAGCUCAUGUCAAGCUGUGGAUCACACUGAACGAACCUAACGACGAGGAUCUUGAAUACACCGUGGGCCACCAGCUGCUCCGUGCGCAUGCGUUAGCGUGGCACAUCUACGACAGCGAGUUUCGCAAAACCCAAGGCGGUAAGGCAUCGCUGGUUCUUCAUAUGGACUGGGUCGAACCUGCAUUUUCUUUCAACAGGGAGGAUGUUGAACCUGCAAACCGAGUCUUGGACUUUCGAGUAGGCUGGUUUGCAGAGCCCAUCUUCGGUAGUGGCGAUUACCCAGUGGUUAUGCGUAGCUGGCUCCAACAGCGAAACAAUAUCGAUCUCUUCAACUACCACUUACCCGUAUUUAGCGAAGAAGAUAGGCUGUUGGUUAAAGGAACCUAUGAUUUCUUCGCCAUCAGCCAUUUUACUACCUCGAUGGUGUAUGAUGGAGUGGAGGACAAAUACACCUUUAAGGACAAGCUGCAGGUACAGCUGAUAUCUGACGUCACCUGGAUCAUGUCUCCAAGACGCAACUCUCCUGUGGUCCCAUGGGGUCUUCGCAAGGCACUGAAUUGGGUUAACUCUCGAUACAAAGGGGUUCCCAUUUACGUGAUGGCCAAUGGUGUUCAAGAGGACAUUGCUAGGUUUAAGGAUAGCUUGCGUGUCUACUACCUUUACAACUACAUUAAUGAGGCCUUGAAAGCAUAUACUCUGGAUGGAGUCAAUCUUAAGGGCUAUUUUGCAUAUGCCUUCAGUGACCAGCGGGACCCAGGCUUUGGCAUGUACGGUCACGUGCAGGAGGAGGUCAUUUUAAAAUCUUCAUUGGGCCAUUACAAAAACAUCAUCCAGCACAAUGGCUUCCCUGCCCCAGGCACAGCUCAACAGCAGUGUCCCCAUGCUCCAGUCCACGGCUCUGGCCGUUACAUUCUCACCAAGCACCCCAUCGUUGGCUUUCUCACUCUGGUGAGCUCUUGUAUGCUGAUCACAGUGUGCCUUGUUAUCUACUACGGAGUCAAGAGGCACAAAUUAAUCACCAAAAAAUGAACUCAAAAGGUUCCAGUAGACUCUUAUGCCUUUAAUUUAUUUGUUCUAAAGGUUAGUUUGACAACCUACAUACUACGCUUCUAACUCUUUCUUAAAUCAUAGUGCUUAUGGAAUUUCUUGAAGGAGACAACGGAUGCCUGUUUUCCACAAGUUGGUAUGUUUCUUUGGGGUCUUCAUGAAAUGUCCACAACAUAAUUAUUAUUUUAAAUUCCUUAAUGGUCAUGUAAAACACCCUUUUUACCUUGUCAAAAACAACUCUGUGAAUUUCGCAUCCGAUGUCUCCUUUAAUGCAUACUAUGUGAACCUGUAAGACUUGGAUAAUUACUUAACUGCAGCUUUGCCAUGUAAAAACGCUAUUUAUUUGUAAAAAAGUAUAUUUGCAUUAUUUGGUCAAGUUUGCACAAGGAUUUGGUUUUUGCACGAAUUGUGGGAAAAAGUAUAUUAUUCUGUUAUGACGUAUUCAGAACCUUACUUUGGUUAGCUUAAGUAAGUAAUGUCACAGAGGUCAUACUCACAUUGUCUAAUAUACAAUACUUUAUAAUGUACUAAAUAAAUGUUUAUUGUUGUACUUAAUGUCAUAGUAAACUUCUGUUACCUAUAAUCCAUAUGCACUAUUUGUAACCCAUUUUAUUAGGUUAUAUUUACUUAAAAAUUAGAUUUAACUUUUCAAAUAUUCAUAUUUGCAAUUUCCACUUCAUUUGUGCUUUUUGUUGUCAAUGUUUUGCUUACACUUGUUUGUUUAUUCACAUUUGUCCAUGUGAAAUUCUGUGCCUUUGUGUUUAGAUUCCUAAAUAGCAAGCCAGCGAGCCAAGAACAUUUGAA